AUGAAUGGUGCGUACUGUCGCCCCUGCACGCAUCCCUGCGCCCCUGCCUCCUCCCCUGCUGCUGCUGCAGCCUUCAACACCCUCCCCUCGCCGCCCUCUCUUCACCACGGCUCUGCGUUUCCUUUGUUUCGAAUGGGCAUGGAGCUCUGCCCUGCUGUUGAUACCCUGGGGGAUGAAGGGGACGAUGGGGACUGGGAGAGGGACGGGGAGGGGGGUGGUUGGGAGGGGAAGGGACAGAGCGAGAAGGAAAAAAGUGAGAAGGAGGAACGGAGCGAGGAGGAGGGGUGGCAGGAUGGGGUGGCACGUGUGGCAGGGCAAGCAGCAGUGGAGGAGAGCGAGAGGGUGGAGCAGCAGGUCAGGAACUACACCGCAUGCCUCGCUCUCUUCCGAGCCAUGCAAGCACAGCCCCAUGUACUGGCGUGGAUGUCACCUCCCCCAGAUGUCAUCUGUACGAGAGCUCACCUGGGGCCGUCUGUGCCGCUUGCAUCGUCCCCGGGUCUGGCGCCGUUCCCUGUCUUUCUCAGCCGGCUCUCCUAUUCCAGCAUCGUGGUGACUGUAGCAGCAGACCCUUCCCUCACACACCUGCUUUCCAUGGAGCUGCGCCUGGUGCUGCCGGGCAUACUUCCUUCUCUCCACGGCACACACUCCCUCCCUCUCUUUCCCCGCCGCUCCUCCCCCCCAGCAGCACCGUGCACCGUGGUGACUCUAACAGCAGACCCCUCGCUCACGGACCUGCUAUCCAUGGAGCUGCGCCUGCUGCUGCCGGGCAUACUUCCGCGCUGCAUGGACUGGCACGGCCGCAUGCUGCUGCCCUUUGGGGGCCUUGGGGGCGAGGCCGAGGCCGAGGGGGAGGGCGAGGGGAAUGGGGAGGGGGAGGGGGAGAAUGACGGAAUUUUGUCCCCAGGGGCCAGCGGUGGUGACAGUGCUGAUGAUGGUGGGGGUGGUGGUGGGGGUGAUGAUGUUGAGGAGGAAGAUGAGCAGGCUGUUGUGAGCGCCAGUCGGCGCAUGGCACAGCACAUCACCGCCCAUGGACCUCUAGAUGUCCUCGUGAUGCCGGAGGUCAACUGCGUGGUGAGGACGGCCAGAGCAUGGAGCAGGGACAAGGCCACUCUACCAGUGUGCCAGCUGGUGGUCUCCGUCCCUCCCCCACUGGAUGAGGCAUCUUCCUAUCAUGCCACUCCUCUCUCUCCUCGCUCUCCACACUCUCCUCACGUUGCCCCCGAUGACCCUCUCCGCCAUUACACUGGUGCCUUCUCCAUGCUCCUCUCGGACCUCUUCCUGCUAGGGUGA